UACAGAAUUUCACUUCUUUUUCAGCCGGUGGCAAUUUUAUCUGCAGAGUGUUUUUUUUCUGUUGAGACCUCUGCAUUUUAUGACUUUACAAUUUCAUGAAAUAAUAAUUCGAUGGGCAGCGCACACAUAUAGAUUGGGUGUGAGAGAAAUGAGAGAGAAAAGAAGGGAAGGAAAAGAGGCGCGAUUAUCGAGUCUGAAAAUACUUUUGUAGGCACUUGCGUUGUGUGUUAGUAUUGACUGAACCGCUGUGAGUGCCGGACGUACGUAACAUGUUUGUUAAUAAUAUUUAAUAAUUAUUUAUAGGCAGUCCGAUGAAACUACACAUUUUUAUUGUGUGUCUAGAGAGAGAAUGUGAGUGAUUUUCGGGCGUUGAGAUGACACAAUUGAAGAGUGUUUUGUAAAUUGUGGAAAUUUAUAUUCAUGUGGGAGAGAAAAGUAUGACAAUCUGUCGAAUAAUUGAAUCGCAUGAAUUUUCACAGAGUGGCGAAGCGUGAGUAGAGCGCGGAAAAGGAUACAAAGUGUGUGGGGAAAGUGGUGUUAAAAAUAGCCAAAAACGCCAGUGAUGACGAAUGCUUGUGACCGAGUGACUCGUGGAAGAAGAAAAGAAGAAGAAUGGCAAGUUACCGAGGUGGAGGAAGUGUUGCCAAGGAAUGUGCGGAGGAGAUCGCUGUAGAUCGCGGUAGUGACUAUAAGGGUGGCCUGUUAAGUGACUAUGAGGAGGAGAAGUGUGGCGAGAAGAGACAGAAACCCAAAUCCAUUCCAUUUGACUCGAGCUGUGGCUUCGGGAACACAAUCAAGGUUCUCACGCAGAGUGUCUCGUCGCCGAGGCGCGAAGAUCUCGUGCUGCCCGCGUUCCUUCACUCCAUUAGCGAGGAGUCUGACGUCCAAGAGGAUCUCGCGCCGAUUCCCACUGAGCUGGAAUUGGAACUUGAGGCCACGACAAGGAUUCGCGAGCUCGCAAACACGCCGGAGAAUCACUCGCUCAGGGAUUUUCUCAGUAAUUUCUGCUCGCACAGAGAUCUCGCGGAGAAUCCCGUGAUUCCGGCUGGCGAACAGCACAGUGAUCAGUGUGGUGGUGAAGAUGUCCUGAGGACUGAGGGCGAACGCCCGGACUAUUUGUAUCACAUUGCCAAAGAGCCCACGGGAAAUCUCUACCUUCGUGUUAUCAAGCAUUUAAGAGACGAUAGAGUUCUCUCGGGAAAUCGUGUUAGCCAAAUGAGCCGCACAUACGAUGACAUUGAGGCCAUCACAGGAUUGCUGGAAGAGAAGCAGAAGGAUCUAGAGUUGACGGUGCACAUUGGGAAUCAGCUGUUGGCACAGAACAAUCGUCUGGAGUCGCGUGUGGCUGAGCUGGAGACGGAGGUGAAGACGGUGAAUGAGAAUCUGUCGCAGUUGUCACAUGAGCUUCACCAGAAGAAUGAACUCCUGGCCGUGCUCACGAGUGACUGUGAUGAGUGUGGCAGUGAAAAUGCAUCACCCAGUGCGGCCAAGUCAAUAAAUCUGGAUCUGCUGCAGAAGAAGAUUGGCACGUUGGAGGAGGAGAAUCGACAGUUGCGCAUGGAGACGGCCGAGAUUGCCAGGGAGUUCGAUGAGGCGGAGGAGCAGGAGAGACGCCUCGUGGCGGAUAUCACACAGCAAUUGUCCAGCACAAAUACCCAAUUCGAGGGGGUGAAUCUGGAGUUGGAGCGCUACAAGGAGGAGAAUAGGCUGCAACAUGAGCAGAUAAUGAGUUUGACGGCGCGUCUGGCGGACGCGGAGAUGCGAUUGCAUCAGAUCACCACGGAGAAUGAGGAGCAAUCAUCACUGCUGUGCAUCACCAAAGAGAAUCAGAAUCUGUUGGCGGGAGAAUUGGCGGAAUUCAAGACGCGCUACCAAGAAGUGUUGGCAUUGCUGCACGAGACGCAAGAGCAGCUGAAGAAGGUGCAAAAGCGUCCGGCGGUGAGGAGUUCUCUCAUUCCCGGCAUGGGAAUCCCUCAGGUUGACUCACUGCAGUCGGAAUUGAUGGAGUCAUCGCUGUAUUCAGACAAUAGCCUGGAUUCGGGCAUCGCGUCGGAGCGUGGAGGCACAGCUGGUGGCACGACGCCGGUGUUCAAGAAGGUGUUCGAGACGGUGAAGUGCGCCUCGAAGAGCAGCAGUCAGGAUUCAUCGAGCACAGUGUCGAACUUGGGGGCGAUGUCCAUCACUUCGCUCACGUCACAGCCGCGAAUGUCAUCAUUCGCGAGUGUGUCGACGGUGCCCAAGACGACCAAGUCUUCUACACUUGUGGCCUAUCCCACAUUCGAUAGCUCCAUGGGUGCCCGGACGCAGUCCCGGGAGAGUCUCAUCUCUGACUCGGACGACAGCUAUCCGGCGCCAUCGGGAGCUGGAGUGCCCGGUGUGCCGGGGGCGAAGGAUCUCGAGGCGGCUCUGAAGCGUCUCACGCCGUCUGAGGUGCUGGCCAGGCGGGCGAUGCUGUCACAUGCGCCGGCGGGCACGUACAGCUAUGACGAGAUGGGAUCGGGAAUUCCGCUGGGCUACAGAACACCGGACAGUAUCAUGAGCACAGGAUCGUCGGGCAUGUCGCUGCAUCAUCCCUCGUGGCGCUUGCCGGAGAAGCUGAAGAUUGUGAAGCCUAUGGAGGGAUCUCAGACGCUACAUCACUGGUCACGAUUGGCCACGCCAACGCUCAGUGGUCUCCUGGAGGACAGACCUGGCGUGAAGAUCCGCGGCGGCAGAGAACUGGACGAACUUGGUUUGCAGACUUACUCGCUGUCGGACGUGGAGGAGGACGCUGAGGAGCAUCCGGGCAAGAGAUUCCAAGCGUCUGGCUGCAUCUACACGUACACAAACAGCACUGUGAUGCAUCCGGACGAUGGCACGACGCUGAGCUUCAGCAUGCCACAAUCACAGAUGACAUCUCAAGUGGCGUCUGAGUGCAAUUCACGACAAUCCACGGCGCCGCCGACGCCGCGUCACAGUCUCUCGCGUCGGAACUCGUGUUCGACGUUCUCCGUGAAUUUGGGCUUGGCCUCCAUGCUCAAUGAGCGCGGCAUCAAGGCAGUGACCCCGAGCGCCCUCAACACACCCGCUGGCCCCAAUUUCUCCCCCACAGUCACUCCUUGCAACAGUCCAGAAGGAUCUCCAACACGUUCACUGUCGCCAGAUCCGUCCUUUUCGGGUUUCCUGUCUUCGGGUGCGGACAUUCUGCGGCGCAAGCUCAUCGGCCAUGUGGAGCCGCAGCCGGUGGAGCGUCCGUCGCGCAUGAGUGUUCACAAUAAGAUCAGCCUGUCGCGCCUGGAGCGCCGAGCGCUGCGCUCAAUCAAGCUGCUGGAGAAGGUGGAGAGUCUGGGACUGGACAAUGUGGUGGGCACGGGUCAACAGAUGCGUGGCAUCAGUCCGCUGGCGGUGCAUGGAACGGCCACAUCUCUCUACCACUCCAGGUCGCGCAAUGCCAGCCCAAUGGCGCAGCUGACGAGCCUGAAGAACCUGCAGGGACGCGGCGAGGGAGCGCUGCUCAGCAAUGAUGCCAUCAAGGCGAUUCUGAUGAAGGGCGGCAGCGGCGCGGUGCGAAAGGAGGGCGGCGGCAGCGAGGCGAGCAGCAGCAGCGUGGCGUCGAGUUCGAGUGUUGAGGACACAAUGGGUGAUCGAUCGGACGUGUCAGACGCGUCGGGGACGAUGGGGAUGCCCGCCAGGCCGGGCACGGGUGCUAUUGAGACGCGCGUGAAGCAGAUGCAGCGCCAGAAGUCGCGAAGGAGUCUCAUCAGCGCCGCUGGCGGUGGACAGAGGCCCGAUUUGGGCACAGUGGGCAGCAGUGGGGGUAGGAUGAGGAGGGAUUUGGGGCGUGUAGCGGCGCCCAAGGAGCCAGAGAGGGAGGAGCAGCAGAAGCAGGCGUCGCAGGGAUUCGUCGGCACGAUCAGUUCAUUGCUAUUCGGACGCAAGGGUGGCUUGCUGUAAAAGUGCUUUGCGAUGGGGCGGCAAGACAGUCACUCGAGGCUGUGUUUCACACUCUACUUUCUUCAGUCCCUCUUUUCAGUUCUUUUUUCUUUCUCUUCUAUUAUCCUUUUUUCUGGAUUUUCUCUAGUUGUUGAUUCGUAAAAUGGUCGGAGUGUGGAUAUAUGUUUUUCUCAGGACUAUUUUUGUAGGAUUUUCCCCCAGUUUGAUUUGACGUAGGAUUUAACAUUCCACAUUUUUCUUUCUCUUUCAUCCCUCUGGCUGAUUGAUAUUCUUUUGAUUAUUAGUUUAUAAGGAAAUUUAGAGAGAGAGAGUGACACCCUUUUAUAAUUUUGAAAUAUUAUGAUAUUUUUUCUUUUCGUGCAAAGAGAGGAGAAGUGAAAGAAUGUUGGAUGAUGAGCUGGAAAGGACCAUUUUAUGAUCGACUUUGCGCUUUGUAUUCAGAGUAUGCUAAUAUUUAGCUUCUUGUGUUUUCAUUUUCUUCUUUUCUUUGAAUCAUCGAACAUUUUGUAUUAGAAGAGCGACAAUUUGUUUAAUAUCAUUUGGCAGAACAGAUGAGGCGCUGUGUUUGUUGAAUUAGCCAAGAAAGGUGGGCAAAGAAAAACAUGUAUUUUGAAUGAAAUAUGUUAAAAUUGAUAUUUCUGACAGAAGAGAGAAGUCGCGAAAGUGAAUUUUGACAGAAAAGUGAGAAAAAACUUAAACAAAGAAAUGAAAGCCUAGAAUGUAAGACAAACAGUUGUUAGACAGUUUAGGAGUUUCUUCAAUAAUCUUUAUCGGAUGAAGAACCAUGAUAGAAAAAGUAUCCACUGAUCACACAAUAUUUAGAGAUUUAUUUGCCUCUCCCCGUUUGUUCUUGAACAAGAGAAUGUGAUUGAAGAGGACUCUAUCUAUAUAUAUAUAUAUAUAUAAUUAUUUUGAAAAAAAGAAGCAAUUUUAUUUAUGAACGAAACUAGUAUUUUUUUUUAUUAGUAUGACUUUCUCCCCAGCAAUGGAAAGUGUGUGUGUAAAUAAAUAGAGAGAGAAACAGAUUUUGCGAAGACACUUCUGCAGGACGAUUAUCGUUCUGUGGAAGUGUUGAGGAGGUGACAAAGAAAAUCGCGUUUAUUUGAAGAUUUGCCCUUAUAAUUUAUACAUAUAUUUUUGUAUGACGCUGGAAGGAGAAAACAUUAGAAAGAGUUCUUCUGAAGUUAUAUUGUGAGAUAUGAUAAAUAUAGACAUUGUAUGAGAUAUAUCGUUAUUUUGAAAUAAUAAAUGAUAGCUUAAGACAUCACUGAAA